AUGUCGCAUCGCGUCGCGCCGCGGUCGCCAAUGCCGGCGACGCUCCUGUUGCUCCUCCGCGGCGCGCUGGGCCUGGGGCCGCCUGCGGGGCCUGUCCGUCUCAUCCUCGACACCGACAUGGGUGGAGGCGCCUGCCAGGAUGUCGAUGACGUGGCUGCGCUCUGCAUGACGCACGCCCUGGCAGACCGCGGCGAGGUGGAGCUGCUGGCGGUGGUGCAGGACACGGCGCCGCCGCCGUGCGCGGGGGUAAUCUCGGUCAUCAACCACUACUACGGCCGCGAUCACGUCCCCAUCGGAGCCUACAAGGGACAGGGCCUGCACCACUCGUACCCGCCCCUCUCGUAUGUCAACGAUGUGGUCCGCGCCUUCCCCUCGCCGAUCCGCAACAACUCUCAGGUGCGGGACGCCGUGAAGCUCUACCGGCGGGUGCUCGCGGACGCAGCCACGCGCAGCGUCACCAUAUCCUCCGUUGGCCUCCUCACCAACCUGGAGCUUCUUCUGCGCUCUGCGCCGGACGAGCACAGCCAGCUCCGCGGCGUUGAGCUUGUCGCGGAGAAGGUGGCGCUGCUGGUGGUGAUGGCGGGGCGGUACCCGUCCUCCCAGCGGGCCGAAUGCAACGCGUGCGGCUGCUACAACGGCGCCGACCGUGCGUCCGCCGCCACCGCCUCCGCCGCGUCGUCUUAUGUUGUCAAGCACAUGCCGAGGACGGUCAGGAUGGUCUUCCUGGGAGGGGAGGUGGGCGAGAAUGUGCGCACCGGCGAGGCGCUAGAGUCGUGCGCCACCAGGGACAACCCGUGCCGGCACGCUUAUAUGGCCUACCGGCGCGACAGCUUCUGGGGCUGGGCGCCUGGCGGCCGCUCAUCGUGGGACCCGCUCGCCACGUUGGUCGCCAUCCGUGGCGCGAGCGCCGAGCGGGAGGGCCUCGUCGAGUGCUCCGACUGCAGCGGAAUCAACGACGUCUUCAACGGGCGCAACACGUGGAGGCGGGGCCGCGCCUCCAACCAGAGCUACCUCGUGCUAGAGCGUCCCGACGUGGCCAAGGCUGCGCUCGCCGACGCCGGCUCGGCGUUCCACGAGCUCUGGGGGCGGACGGGCUGGGAGCGGCAGGCUGCUCCAGCUCCGUUGUGCUGGUCGCCGUCGACGAGUGCCUACUUUGACGGCGUGCGGGCAGCGGGUGCCGACUCGUGCGACGCAAACUGGUUCACGGCAGGCAGCGGAGACCUCGCGAGUCCUGCGGGUCGGCCAAGCUUCAGCGCGCCGGCGCCAGCCGUCCUCGGAUACGACGCUUCCAUCUUCGAUUUUUGCACCCAGCAGGACGCGCUGCGGCCCGAGCUCGUCUUUGCCACCCGUCCGGGCGACCUGCAGGUCCUCCGUGCAUACCAGCGCCGAGAGGGGCGCGGCUGCAUCGGAGGCCCGUGCGAGAGCCACUACUCGCCGGAGCACAUCUUCUUCGCGGAGGUGUGCGCUCUCUCCGCCCUCUGCGCAAACGGCGGCGAGCUCUUCUCGCUGCCCGCCGGCCAGCGCUUCGAGUGCCACUUCAGCGCAGGCGGCUUUGAGGCGCUCGUCGACCAACUGACGGGGAGGACAAAGGCACCGUCGGCGCGUGCAGCGUUCUCUCGUGUAGCGGCGUCUGGGCUCGCCUUGCGGGCGGCGCCUCGUGUGGCCAGCGCGUCGCCGCGGCCGCCCGCGAGGCGCUUCGAGCUCCACAGCGUCGGCGAGCCGACCACGGGGGACGAGGGAGGAGCCGCCCUCUCGACCCCGGCCGAGCUGCGGGCAGCCAUCGACAGGCUCGCGGCACUAUGCUCGUCUCCGCCGCGUGUCGCUGCCGAGCUGUUGGACAAGGUCGAGGCACGAGGGAGCGGGUCUAGGUAA